GUUAAAAGUGCAAUAUCUAGUAUAUUUUAAUGUUUAAUAAUAGUAAUAAUAAAAAAUUAAAAAAACAACAACAUCCAGUUCAGACCACGAAUUUGGCAAAUUAAAGGGCAUAACCAGUAGGGGGGACCACCUGCACUGGUAGGUGCAAGGAAGCACCAGCAGUCUGACCGUAACCGGUAACAGGUGCAGGGUGGUUUGGUGCUGUGGAAUUUGGAAUGUCCCAUAGCCAAAGAGAAAUGGUGCGCAUUUUUAUGAAGGAAGUUAGGUGCAAUUUUGAAAGAAUGACAGAUUUACAGAAAAUGUUGCCGUUACAUCAAAGAGAAAAGCAGCAACCUGUGUUUAAGCCUUUAUCCAACAAUGAAAACACACAUGCAUUUAUUUUGGAAACUACGCCUAGAGUCAAGAUGCCAACUACUUCCUUGUCAAGAAACCAUGAUAUUCAAAUAGCCAGUACUAUUCAGAGGCAAAAUACAAACCAAGACCAAGCUGUAGGAACAGAGAGGCUAUCAUCUCUUCAUGCAAAACUUCAUCAAGAGGCUGAUAAGAUAAGGAAGUGGAAAGUUCAAACUGAAAUUGAUCUGAAAACUAAAGAAAAGAAAAUUCAAGAAGCUUCUGGUACUAUUGAAAAUCUCAGAAAAUCAAUUUUGGAACUGCAGUUACAAAAUGAGAAUUUAAGCCUCAAGCUUCAAGAUGAAAUGAGCAACAGAGAGGUAACUUCUCAAAAGAUUUCAGCAACCCGUGAACUCUGCAAUAUUCUGAAAGAUCACACUGUGAAGCUUGAAGAAAGACUGGUUCAAUGUGAAACAGAAAGGACGGAACUGAAAUAUGUUGGAAAGGAACAUUUACAGCAGUUUGAGGAACUCUCUGCCAAAUUUAAGGAAUUACAGAUAACAGCUAUUGAUAACCAUAACAAUUUAGUCAAUCAGUUGCAGGUGGAAAGAGAAGACAGAAGUAAGUUAGAGGAGCAAAUGGCUAUGAAGCUUGGAGAUGCUGAAAAUCAGCUGAAAGAUCUAAUGGACAAGUGUGAUGAAAAAGAUAUUGAAAUAAGAAAUGUACGGACAAUAAUGCAGAAAAAUGAUGAUAAAAUUCAUACAAUGGAACAGACAGUAGAACAUUUACAGAAAAAGAUUACUGAACAAGUUACUGAUAUUGAAGAAAAACAAAAACUAUAUGAUGAAUCUUCAACAGAGUUGGCAUCUAUUAAGCAACACAGAUGCAGUUUGGAAGCACAGUUGAGUAGUAUCUGCCAAGAACUUUCUGAAAUGAAAGAAGCUAAAUUACAUAUAGAACAAGCUAUGCUCAUUGAACAGAAUCAACAUGAAGUAACUUUGACAGAGAUUCGUAAUGAAGUAGAAGUAUUAUCAAUCACACUACAGCAAGAAAAACAUAAAAACACAGAAUAUGAAAGGCAACUUUCUGAAUCAUCAGCUCUUUGUGAAAAUUUAAAGAGUUCCCGGGAUAUCUUGAUAAUUGAAAAAACUGAACUUGAGAACAAGAUUGUUGACAUGCAGAACAGUUUAGAUCUUAUAAAAGAACAGUGUGAAUGUGACAGGCAAAAAAUAAACCAACUUCAAGAGGAGUAUGCAACGAAAGAAAAAGAACUUCUAGAAAGUCAGCAAACCUGUAAUGACUUAAAGAACCAAAUUUCAGAGUUAGAAAAAUAUAUCCAGGAGAAAGAACAUGAGAACUCAAGUCUUCAAGAUAAGCUAACUUCUUUGAACUUGUUACUGGAGAAGAACAUGGAUGAAUUACAGAAGGUUAAUGAACAACAUCAGCUCACAGAAAAUCAAGUUACCAAACUUCAGGAAGACAUAGAUGAUUUAAGAGAUACAUUAAAUGUGGAAAGGGAAAAUGUUAAAACACUUACAUCAAAUUAUUCAUCAGUUAAGAAAGAACUGGAAACAAAGGGAAAACAAUUGCUACAGAUAGAAAAAGACUUCAGUAAAUUGAAGAAAGAGAAUGAGAAAGUAACUAAGGAUUGCAAAUGUCUAGAAGACAGUGUAGUAUUACUGAAACUAGAGAUUGAGAAAACAAGUGCUGAGAACGAAUGUUUACUUACAAAAGUUGAAGAAUUAGAAACAGAAAAUGCUAUGCUGAAAGAAGAAAGAGAGGAAGUGGAUCUUUCACUGACCAAAGAAAUUAAGUCAAAGACACAAAAGAUGACAGAUCUUGAAGUCAAAGUGAAAGAAUUGAAGAGUGAGGCCACUCACAAAAAUAAACAGAUAAAAGAGCUAGAGAAAGAGGCAAAAAGUCUAAAAAGUAAGUUAGCAGCACAAGUUAGAGCUACUGAAGAAAAGGAUGACACAGAAAAUGGACUAAGAGAAGAACUGGACAAUUUAAAAUCAGCAAAUCAAGAACUUGAAAAACAAUUGAACACUGCUACUGAGACUGCUGAAAAGGAACAAAUGUCAGCUGAUGAUGCCAACAAAAAGGUCAUUGAAAUGAAACAUAAUGUAGAGAUGGCUCUGAAGGAAAAACAAGAAGCUAUACAGAAGUGUGAUUUACAGUUUGCAGAAAUGAUGGCCACUCUUGAAAAAUAUAAACAAGAAAAUCAGAAAAUUGUAUUACAGAAGGAAAAGGAACUAGAACUGCUCAGAUCCAAGUCUGAUGAGCUCAGUUUACUUAAACAGCAAAAUGGCAAAGAGACAGAAGGAUGGAAAACAGAAGCAGACAACUGGAAGAAGGAAGCAGAAGAAAGCAAACUAUUGUGUGAACAAGAACAAACAGAAAAGAAUCGUCUCGUUAAGGAAGUUGAGAAGAAACAAGCUACCAUUACAAAGUUAGAAACAACCUUGUCAUCAAAGAACACUGAAAUAAAAGAUCUUAAAAAAAGAAAACAAAAAGCUGAAUCAAAAAAGACCUGCAGCAAUCAUGAAACACAGACUGCUGAGAUACUUGAAUCAUCAUCUGCUGAGAAAAACGCAGUUCCUGAGGAAACCCAAACGGUUGGAACUCCUUCAAGAACUCAACAGGAAAUACCACACACUCCAAUAGUAAAUAUUAUAAAAACACCACAAACUCUGCCAAAGUCUGCCCAGAGAAGUAUUCUCAAAAAUGUCUCUUCUGUUUCUAAGAGAAGAAAGGUUGCUUUUGCAAAGCAUGAUGAUUCAGGCAUUCAUCAGGCAUCAGAAUCAGAUUCCUCAUCUUCUGAGCUCAUGGAAAUAGAGCUCUCUGAUAUUGACAAUCAUUUCAAAAAUAAAGGCAAGUCAACACCAGUUCAUAUUCGUCCUUCUCCAAAAUUAAGGAUGACACCAGAGAAAGAAUGUUAUAAUACACCUCAACCAAAAUUAGUGAAUUUAAAGUCACAUAAAGAGAAAUCAUCCAGAUCUUUACCAAAAACAGAAUUACAAUCAUUCAAAGAGCUUUAUCCUGACAAAAGUCAACUACAUUCUGAAAAACCUACUGAGACUGGAAAAGAAAAUUUGAAACCUAAUAUCAGAAAGACACCUAGUAAGACUUCCAAAUUUUUCAAGGACAGAGCUUCUCAGAAAGAAAAAACAUCAAAGAUGAAGAAACAUGAAGAAACUGAAUACCUUGCUUGGUUUGACCUGGAUUCUGUGUUUGGGUUUGGUGCUGAAGAUUGAUUAACAAAAUAUUACGUUUUUAAUGUGUCUCUGAACAGAGAGGGUAUUUGCAUGUCCCAUGAUAGUUAUAUUUCUGGUGGUUAAAUUUAUCAAGAUAAUUAAUGUCAUUUGAAGUUCAAAUCAAUGAUUAUGAUAGUCUAUGUAUAUUUUUGAAAGGUUGUACUUCAAUAGAUCUGGAACAACUAAACAAAUGUGUUCACAAGCCAUUAUAGUGUGUAUGACUUUAUAUAAUAAUAGUUUUUCUUUUUACGGGAAUUUACUAUUUUGACAGUCUGACACACAUUCAUGUUAUGCACCAUAAGAAUGGCUGAAGAAGAAAUAUGCAAUUUGAAUAGGUAAACCUUUGUAAUGUUUGUCAUACCAAGUACUAUGUUACAUAUAUAUAUUUAAAAUCCAUUCAGUUAUAAAGUCUACUCAUGUUAGUCGUCGACUUUUACCCCAUAUCAUUAUUAAAGAAUGUAUCAGUCAAAGUGGAAUAUUCAGUUUUGAACAUUAAUGAAUGUAUUUAUAUUCUUGUUGACAAGAUUGAGAUUUGACAUCUGUGAUAAGUACUUCUUUAGAGCUAAUUUCACGUUUUUGUAGUUACAACUUAUUUAAAAAUACAAAUAUUAAAUGGAA